CUUUGACAAUGACCUUAAGUUGGCGAGCGUGUAAAGCAUAUGUUUGUGGUAUGUUUUGGUAAACAAAAAGCCAUGCUGCCUUUGUUUACAUUUUGUUUAAUCCCACUUGACGUAAAAUAUCGAAAUCAAUUACGUGAACUUGACACAUUUGCUGGAAAACGCAUGUGCGCCUAAACUAGGGCACAGGAUGACAUUGGCCCAGUUUACACUCGCAAGGGGUAUGUUUUAGCGAGGCACACUUUAAGGGUGCAUUUGCAAUUGAAACGCGAAGGCUGAACUAAUUUCUACCUAAUCUUAGAAGGCUGUGAAACAAAACACCGAGGAUGGGCACGGUGAAGGGAUUUAAAGUGACCGAUUCCGAAAGAAAGACCCGCGUCGGCAUCGCCGCGAAAAGUCUCGAGGAUCUCAAAAAGAAGACCGUGGACAAAUUUAAGCUGUCCGAACAGAAGAUCACGUUCCAAACGGCGGACGGUACAGUAAUCGACGGCGACGAUUACUUCGAAACGUUGCAGGCGCAAUCUCUGCUGAUUUGGGUCAAGGAGGGCGAACGAGCGGAGACCGACGCCGAAAUUCUCUACAAGGCGAUCCGCGAAGUGAACGACGAGUACCUAAGCGCCGGCGAGAAGGUGCAGGAGUUCUUCACCGAGAAAAUGAAGAAUAAAGUGUUCAAGUUGGCGGAGGUGCUAAAGGGAAUCGACACGAAUAAAACCCUCCGUUCCACUAGAGAGGAUCAUCCCGAGUGGUUCGAAGGCUUAGACACUCGAUCAAAAACAAAAGAGGAAUAUAUGUUUAGGAGAGCGCAAGACAGAGUAAGAACGUAUUACUACAAAACGAAAGAGGAAUUACGGAAAAACGCCAAUUUACCGCCCGAACGAUUACAUACGUUGCUCCUCGACCUACAUGACGGUCUUAAAUUUGUCAAAUUCUUCGGCAACUACUUCGAUAGAUCGUGCGCGAUCGGAGACCGUAAAUGUAAGAGUUUGUGCGACGAAACCGGCAAAUUCCUCUGCGAGGGAAGGUGGGAUAAGGGCGCAUGUUUAUAUAAGCCGAUGCACAGUAUUAAUCCUUAUACGAGUAGAGAGGCACGGAUAAUUUUUCAAACUUGGAACCUCGAUCAUAUCAUCGAGCGGAGCAGGUCCGUCAUACCUGCGAUCGUUUACGCAUUGUCUUCUCAGGAUUCUUCCAUUAACGGUACGAAAAAGGGACAACUCGACACUAAGAAAAUAUUUAACGAUCUGUUUAGCGUUAACAAUUUAAAAUUUGUUCAUAUUAUUUGUCACGACAAAGGCGCUCACGUCGGUAUGACGGCGGGACCGUACUUAAUGUAAAUUCUAUAGACUGGUAGAUUUAAAUAAUUUUUUAUUACACCAAACGGGGGGUUUGUCGACAAUAUUAAUCAAGUUCCUUGAUGACUUAAUGAUAGGUAUUAAGUACCUUUUUAUAAUCACUCGCAAAUGAAAACAUUUAUUUGUAUAUGUUUGUGAUAUCUAGGAAAUUAGCGUUCAUUUUACAAGUAUCUGUUUUUAAAUUAUUUAUUUAUAAAUUGUUUUAUAUAUUAGUGCUAGUGGUUUAAUUUUAAUGUAAAUUUGUAUUUGUGUUUCGCCCCACUAUUCAUUUAUUGUAACCCCCUUAUACAAUGUUUAAUUUAAAACAAAAUGACUGACUAAUGAAAUUCUAUGAGCUUAUACAAUUUUUAGCGACACAAUUGAAUAUGUUAUAUUUGUACCGAUAUGUUAACUAACACAAAAAUGUACCGAAUUGUAUAUACGUAGUGCUAGUUUUUAGCGUUUGUGUUUCAUGAGAAAUGAUUCGAUCUAUGCGACUUCGCUGUUUUUAGCAUAUGUAAACUCAUUACUUACGAAAUACUUGAACUGUUAUCGUUUAAAACGGUGCCUAAGCAAUGUUUGUUGAAUAGUGUUAUACAUUGUUACGAUAUGUGUAUAAGAAACGGACUGCGGGAAACAAGAGAUGUAAUAUUUUGCUCAAGUUUGUAUUCAACAUUAAAACAUAUCCAGAAAUUCAAAAAGAUUUUUAUACUGUAUAAGUCUAAGAGUGUUAAAGCAUUAAUCUGCUUUUAAUCGUAUCGCAAUUGUAAACCCAACUUCCCAGUUAGUGUCUCGGAACGCAAAGUGCAAGUUGCGCUAAAUUACCUCAUUACCCGCUUAGGUACCCUUUUAACUAAGAUGUAUGUACUCAAUGCAUGGUGCUUCGAUGUAACUUAUAUAAACAAUCAUGUAAGAAGCAAUUAUUAUAAGCGAUAUAAUAUUAAUGUUGUACAAUUCAUAAGUCUGACUCGUGUUGAUGCUGUUCACUUGACGAUAGAUUAGCUUUAAUGUGAUAGAAGAUAAACAUAUAUAAGAAUAGAUAUAUUUUUAUCAUGUAUUUUAUCAUAUCAUGUAAUCAAAUAUAUAUAUACUGUGAGGCUUCCAUGCUUAUCACUUAAUAUUGUGAUCUGUAGCUAAAACUUGUGUAGCGAACUGCCAUUUUAUUAAAUGUAAUAGCUUUAAUGAGUUUCUGUAUAACAAUGAAUCUUUGAAAAUAUAUAUACACAAACAAUA